UCUCUCGGCGGACUUGGUUGUUCAGCUGUGUUUGGUUGUAGCUUCAACUUCAUGUGCCCAACUCCGGAGCGUCGAGUGUCAGAAGAUCAUGAGACCGUUUCGGACAGCACGGGAAGAUAAGAUGUUCGACUGCUUGGAGUUCGAGCCACGUUUUACAUAGAGAGGCUUAGAAAGUCGUCAACUCAUGCUUCAUUGACGUCGAAUUAUAGUACUAGGACCGACCAGCGACCAACUUUCAGCCCGAGUGCCAGCCUCGUUGGAGCAGAGAGGCGGCGGCGCACCUCCGUUCGAAGGAGACUCAAGUAAACCAGGUUUUACAUGUUAUAAACGGACUUUAUUAUUUAUUACGGCACGAUGCUUAGGGCUUGCCUACAAAGAGCUCUCCGAGCCGGUGCGCAGAAGUUACCGUCGGGACCAAGGGAAUCUCCGGUGGCGGCGGUAACAACCCAGAGGCAGCCGGGGACAGGGCAACACGCGCCGGGUUGCUGGAUGGGAACACAUGCGAGGAACGAGCCCCUGGAGCCGCUAAACUCACCCACAAGGGCCAAAGAGUUUAUUUAUCGCCUUCACCCGAAGGAGAGGAAAUGUUUACUCACGGAGCUGCAGAGUUUCGAGUCCAGAGCCAUCGCUCAAGAGACGCUGGAGCCAACCCCACCCACUGCAGCCCAGAUCAGAUAUGUGCUAUUCCACAAUGCUAUUCCUUUUGUUGGAUUUGGUUUUCUGGACAACGCCAUCAUGAUCGCAGCAGGAACACAGAUUGAGCUCUCCAUUGGAGUCACUCUGGGAAUCUCCACCAUGGCUGCUGCGGCUCUGGGGAAUUUGGUUUCAGAUCUGGCGGGUCUCGGUCUUGCAGGUUACGUAGAGGUUCUGGCUACCAAACUAGGGAUGCAGGUUCCAGAUCUGACACCUAAACAAGUGGACAUGUGGCAGACCAGGCUCAGCUCUCACAUGGGUAAGGCGAUUGGCGUGUCCAUCGGCUGCAUCCUGGGGAUGUUUCCUCUGCUUUUCCUCAACAGUGACGAUGAGGAUGAGGAAGCACAGCCCGGCAGUGACACGGCAUCCUAACAAGCCACUACAUCCCUCUCAUCUCAAACUGCUCAAGUCAACAUUACAGAAAAGUAUUCACCCAUGGCAGCUCCUCUGUCACCCCGCUCAGGCGGCUUCCACACCUAGACCUUUCUAAGCCUUUAACACAGCUUUGGUUUCAACACAAAGGACUUGAAUCGCUCCGUCUAUCGAUUCUCUCCAGUUGCAAAGGUUGUACUUUUAUUUUUAUCCAAGAAAAAUGGCUGUUUAAUCUCGUCACUCCUGCUGUUUAUUGAUUUCUCCGUCGAGUCCUGAGUGAGCGAUGCUGACAGUUCUUGGUCGAGUUUGUUUUUCUGUAGUUGUUAGAUGAAAAACUCUUGUUAUUUUUUUGCUUGAAUAUUAAAAGCAAAGCACUAAAAUGUAGUUAGGAGUCACCUGGACUUAGCAGCUAAACUCUUCAGCAAACCCCUGAACCAAGUUAGAUUUGUCACUACUUUUAUCUUUCGGUUUUAGUACCAAGUGUAGACCUGGGACGAGAUGAGUUAGCAGUCUAGGUCUAACUUUAACGUUUUAGGAUUUUCCUCUUUCUUUCAGACAUGGCAGCCUGUAUUUGUUACCAGAGCUAGCAAGCGUGCCCCUAUAAACACUUAAUAGAUAUCUAUGCAGCUGCUGAACAUUUCUCCUUUGCACUUUAGUGGUUGGUUAAAAAAAACUGGUGUUUCCUGAAGAACCAGGUCUUUGGUGAAGGAGACUGAUUUACAUAAUGUCAUUAAAAAAACUAAAAUACUCUUUAUUUAAAUAAAAACGGCUAAAUGUACAGGUGGGAACGGAAGGGCAGCUUCUGUGAUGUUCCUCUAGUCCCAGAACGACAGAAAGGAGGAGAAAUCUCAUAAGCACCUGUGGAAGAAGACAGGAUCUCCUGCUAAAAUCAGACAUUUUAGUGGUGGACUGUUGCCCUUAGUUCCUCUUCACUCUGGUGUUAUUUGCAAAACAAGUCCAAGUAAGUUAUUCCACACGGAUCUGUUGUUCCAGACAGAAACUGUGUUAUAACACUUCCUUAUUUAAUGCUAAAGAUAUACGAUCAGUCUCCAGUUUAAUGGAACGUCCGACCUUCGUGAAGCACAGACGUCUCGUGGAAGCCGCCUGAGUAGCUUUAAAGAUAGAAAACACUCACCUGUACCUGAUUCCAUUCUCUACUGAUCCUUCUGGCUGCAGGAACUGAGCGCUUCCAACAGCAUCUGGUGUGUUUUCUAACGCAGCGUCAGAAGCAGAAGGUGCACUUUUUACUUCUGUUGAUCAGAUGGGUCGACUCGUGAUGCUUUCUACUCUUAUUUAAAGGAAAAGCACAUUAGAUGAUGAAUUAUCCUUUAGCACUAACUUUAUAUAUUUAACGACUUCAUCUCAAACACUAUUUACUCACGGGACACCUGUGAUGUCAUCACUUUAAAAGUGAAUCAGAGCAUCCUUAAACUUCCUAGAAAUGAAACGGGAAAAGCCUCGUCUGCUACCUCCAGGAUUAUUGUUGCUGUUUUAAUGCAUGAAGGCCUGAUGUAGCUAUAAAGUCAGUGAAUCUUUAUCAGUUUGGUUUUAAUUGGAUGCUUAAGCAUCCUUUGAUGUUUUGCGUGGCUUGAAAUAAGGAAGGAGGCGUUCAGUGGCCGUGCACACAAGUUACAAACUGAAGUUGUUUCCAGUUUAGGCUUUUUAAUUUUCAUGGUUCUAAAUCUGCUUGUUUCACACUUUCGUCCCACCAUCUGUGUUCAUUGUUAUUACUGUUUUUGUUUGUGUUAUCACACAUGAAGCUCCAGAUGGUUGCGAUGAUGUAGUCAGAAACAUUUAUGCAAAGAAAAGAAGCGUGUCUGUCUUGGUGUCUCACACAUCAGCACACCUGUGAGGGGUCUAUUAGCACUCAAAUUCAUCAGCAGAUGGAAAUAGGACAUCUCCCAGAAUGCAACUUUCUGGCAAUGAAUAAAAAGCAUUUUUCCCACGACAUCUUUAUCCAUAAACCAGUUAAAUGUGAAGGAUUACCAGUAGAACUGAUUUAUGCAAAUAUAUGAAAGUGGUGAAAAAUGCGAAUAGAAGGUUUGAUGUCUAAUGGAUCCUGAGCUGUGUGUUUAGUCUGAAUGAGACGAAACCAACAAGUAUUAUUACAAAUCUUUAUCUUAUAAAAUACCAAGAAUCAUGCCUCUGUGCUAAACUAUAGCAGAACAAUGUCAUUUCAAAAGCAGAAAGCAGGAUUUUAAUGUGCGGUUAAACAAAUAACCAUUAUUAAUGUUUUAGAUCAUAAAUGAGUCCAACAGGAACUACUGCUGGUUGUCUGAUCAUGUGAUCUGAUCUGUAGCGGUGAUGAAUUCUGUCGACUGCUCAGGCCAAAAGCUGACGCAAGAACCGUGGCAUUGAUUAUGUCAUCCAGGGCGUUUCUGCUGUACUUGCACAUCAGAGGUUUGAGGGAAAUGAUGAAUCUAGGAUUAAACUACAAGAUCCAAGCUGUUGGUCUCAGAAUAUUUUAACCUCACACUUUAUGUUGGAAGUAGAGCAGACAUCCACAGGAAUGAUGCUGCUUUUAUUGAACAGGUUGUAUCUUUGUGGUGGUCGGCGCUCAUCUUUUAAAACUGAAAGACUCGAAGGGCUGAAAGGAAAGUUUGAGUGUGAACGUAACUCCCGAAGGAAUUAAAAUGUUUGGAUUAACUGGAAACCUGGAGGAAAAUCAGCUGUUUUCUUCCCUGAAGGAGAAUGAACAAUGUACUUUCGGUUUGGAUCAUGUGGUUAUUUGGCAAUAAGUAGUUAAUAAAGUAGUUUUCUGUUUGUCAGCAUGAACAACCUGAUCUGUUUUCUUUGAGGAUGAAUAAAAUUUAGUUUACAGCAAGAAAAAACUUUAAGCAAAUGAAAUGGAAUUUGUCAGCCUUCUCCUCGUGGCGUUGUGCUGCCACCUUGUGGACAGUCAGAUCCAGCACUUGUAUGUUUGAACAAAAAUCCUGUCUGUUUGCAUUUUGCUGAAUUGUGACAUGAAGUGAUAUAAUAAAUAUGGAACGUUUA